ACAGCAUUUCAUAAAACGGUUCUGGAAAAAGAUGACAAAGAAGUGAAAGCUAUGCAACUCAGUAACAAUACUGUUAGUGUUAGCAGGUGAAUAGACAAAAUAAGUGAAGACAUUGAAAUACAACUUGUUGAAAAGCUGAAACCAAGAAAAUUCUCAGUGCAAAUGGAUGAAUCAACUUUGAGAGACCCUGAGUCUGUAUUGAUAACUUACGUAAGAGUUUUACUCUUGUUCAAUGAGACUGAUGCAUGUGAGAGAUGGAAAUGCAUUUGACCAGAUACUACAUAAUUUGACAUGUGCAACUAAAACCUCUAUCAAACAGCCAGCAAGAUGCCAAGUUUAGUGGCCCAUUUUCAAUGAUAGAUUGUCCAUUGUGUACUGAACUACUUGGAAUUUAAGUGUACUAAAUGGUAUUUUGCUGAAGAAAUGUUGUUCUAUAAAUCAUUAGAAAGCAUCAUGACCGCCAAAGAUAAGCAAAAAAAUUACUUAGAUGUCAAUAAUAUA